UUCGUAUGUCAUAGUUGAAAUUGCUAAGAUGUCCUAAAUUUUUUUUUUUUACCCCAAAUAUACAUAUUAAAUUGGGCUAGCAGCGGCCUUAACACCAUAUGCCCAGGGCCGGCGCUGAAUCAGAGCAAACCGAGAGAGAGAUGGGGAAGAAGGCGAAGAGCUCAAGGAAGGGAAAGAAGGCGUGGAGGGCGAACAUAAGCACGGAGGACAUAGAAGAGUACUUCGAGAAGUCAACCAAAGACGCUCUUUCUGGUGGUUCUCUCACUAGCGUUCCUAGCGACUCCCUCUUCUUUGUUGAUAAAUCCAGAGAUCUUUCUGUUAGACGCAAGAUUGAUAAACACAGAGAAAAAGUACUCCGAUGCGACAGUUUGCUACAGAGGAACCCCUUUAUUCAACCAGUGCCAUCCUCAGUGCAGAAGAAAUCCAAAAAAAAACAUAAACAGGUUCAGAUAGUGAAAGAUGCUUCUCAAGAUUGUCCAGAGGAUGGUACUGUCCUGAAUUCUGGCAUGGUUGAUAUAUGGGAUAAUAAAGGUGAACCUAACAUCAAAACCAAAAAGACAUCCAGGCCUUCAAUUAUUCCUGCUGUAGAAGUUGAGCCUUCUGGAUGCUCGUUCAAUCCCUCCUUCGAAAGUCAUCAGGAUUCACUAGCGUGUGCUGUUGCUGAUGAGAUGCAGAAAAUUUAUCAAAAUGAGUUGGGGCCUCAGCCAGUCCCAUUAACUGUUCCUGGAGAGGCUAUUGAUGAAGAUGAUAAGUAUUUCCUUGAGGCGGACAAUGGGAGUGAUGAUGAUCAAAAUGAGAAUCAGGAGGAGAAUGGAGAUACAGAACUUGAGAAGAGGCCCAAUAAAAUCAAAAGGGUAAAUCGGGUGGAGCUGAAUAGGAGGGCUAGACGUAAAGAACAGUUGAGGGCAGAAGCAGAAGCAAAAAAAGUGGAGGAAUUGUCCAAAGAAAUUGAUAGCUUACCAGAUAUAGUCCAAGAAAUAGCCAAGGAGGAUGAUGAGAAGCAUAAAAGACACCUUCGCCGUAUUGUUGCUAAACAAGAAAGAUUGAGAUCUCGUCCACCACGACUGGGGAAGCACAAAUUUCAGCCUGCCCCUCUUCAAGUCCUGUUAUCUGAAGAAAUCACUGGUUCCCUCCGUAAGCUGAAGGGAUGUUGCACCCUUGCAAGGGACCGCUUUAAGAGCUUGGAGAAAAGAGGAUUGAUUGUCCCAACAUCUAAGAGCUGCAGGAAAUAGGGUCAUCUCUGGAAUUUUGACCUUGGCUGCUUAGUUUUCAGUGUCCAGAUUCAGGAUUGCCUCUAUGCGAUGACACUCAAGUUCACGAGCUAUAUUGGCAGCAGUUAACGUGCCUUUUUUACUGACCUAGAAGAUCUGUCUCUGCUUCAUGUUUACCAAGUCUAUAUAUGAUUUCCAAUUCUCAGCUCCACAAAUAUUGCAACUUUGCCUAGUGUUCAAGGGUGGGAUAAUGGGGGCAAAUGGUAUCUGUAAGCAUAUUUUUAUUUACAGGAAAACGUCCACAAGUCUCUGGUAGUACUAGUUUUGUUUUGAUGGUGACUAUUGGGUAGAGCAGUACUAGUUAAUAACUGGUAGUGUUGCUCCAAAUUUACACUGCUAGUUUUAUAGUUUUUUGUUCCUGUAUCGUUUGAGAUGGAUCGCCUAUGCAUCCAGAAAAUGUUACCCUCACAAUCUCUAGAAUUACACCUGCGUUAAACAGUUACAUUUUAGUGACACAUUUCAGCUCUUAAAUGUCUGUAACCUUAAGGUAAACACCAAUGUUCCAUGUCUAGGAUUUGCAUGCCAAUGCAAGGGAUUUUUCAAGGUAAUCUUAGAAAUCUACAGCAGAGGCCGAGUGAUGGUAGUUGCGCAAGUUUAUUGCUAAAUUACUCCCCAAUACUUCAAUAUGUGCAGG